GGAAAUACCAGUGGCCACAGCAGGGGCAGGCUGAGACCAGAUGGGCCAGAAGAUGAGCUCUGAGCCUUUGACUCGCUCUGAGGUGUUUGGACAGCUCAGGAGGGAGCUCUACGGAGAGGAGCAGUCCGCUCGUACCAAUACACACAUAUUCAUCGUCCUGGGAGCCUCUGGGGAUCUCGCUAAAAAGAAGAUCUAUCCAACUCUAUGGUGGUUAUUUCGAGAUGGCCUGCUCCCAGAUGACACCUACUUUGUGGGUUUUGCCCGCUCCAAGCUGACUAUGGAAGACAUCAAGACAGCAUGUCUGCCUCAUAUGAAGGUCACUGAUGAAGAGACUGAUUCUCUCUCAGCCUUCUUCAGUAAGAACUCCUACCUGAGCGGCUUGUACGACGAUGACAGCUCGUUCGCUCAACUCAACACUCAUCUGUCGGCUCUGCCUGGGGGAGCUGACGCCAAUAGACUCUUCUACCUGGCACUGCCACCCACCGUCUACCACCAUGUCAGCGCAAAUAUCAGAGCCCACUGCAUGAGCCGCAAAGGGUGGUGCAGGAUUAUUGUUGAGAAGCCCUUCGGCCGAGACCUCCAGAGCUCACAGGAGCUGUCAGUCCACCUGUCCUCCCUGUUCUCAGAGGACCAGAUCUACCGCAUAGACCACUACCUGGGCAAAGAGAUGGUCCAGAACCUCAUGGUGCUCAGGUUUGGAAAUCAAAUCUUUGGACCCAUCUGGAACAGGAACAGUGUGGCCUGUGUGGUCCUCACCUUCAAGGAGCCUUUUGGCACUCAGGGCCGCGGAGGAUACUUUGAUAACUUUGGUAUCAUUCGAGACGUCAUGCAGAACCAUCUCCUCCAGAUGCUGUGUUUAGUUGCAAUGGAGAAACCUGCUUCCACCAGCCCAGAUGACGUGAGGGAUGAGAAGGUGAAGGUGUUGAAGUGUAUAGCCCCAGUUGCUCGGUCAGAUGUGGUGCUUGGCCAGUAUGUGGGGGACCCUGAGGGUGAGGGCGACUCCAAGCUGGGUUACAUUGACGACCCCACUGUACCAAAGGGCUCCUGCACUCCAACAUUUGCCACUGUGGUGCUUUACGUCCAGAAUGAAAGAUGGGAUGGCGUUCCUUUCAUUCUCCGUUGCGGUAAAGCUCUGAAUGAGAAGAAGGCAGAGGUGCGUCUGCAGUUCACUGACGUGCCAGGAGAUAUCUUUGAGGGACGCUGUCAGAGGAACGAGCUGGUGGUGCGGGUGCAGCCAGACGAAGCCAUUUACCUGAAGAUAAUGACUAAGAGGCCCGGGGUUUAUUUCAGCCCAGAGGAGACUGAGCUGGACCUCACCUACAGGAGCAGAUACAAGAACGUGAAGCUCCCAGAUGCGUACGAGAGGCUGAUACUGGAUGUGUUCUGUGGAAAUCAGAUGCAUUUUGUCCGAAGUGAUGAGUUGCGGGAGGCCUGGAAGAUCUUCACCCCCCUCCUGCACCAAAUAGAGGAAGAGAAGAAACACCCCAUCCCUUACACACAUGGAAGUCGCGGUCCAAACGAGGCAGAUGAACUCAUGAAAAGGGUGGGAUUUCGCUAUGAGGGAACAUACAAGUGGGUGCAGCCCCACACAACGUGAUGCCUUCUGUCUCACGCAUGCACACUCAUUCAUGAGCACACACACCACUGUUGGCAAGUUUACAAACAAUAAAGUUUACUAAAAUCUG